AUGUUCUGGAGUGUAUUGGCACUGCAAACCUGCAAGAGGGUUCCAUUUUUUUUUUCUGGGCCUGCGACCGACCUACCUACCCAACCCCCGGUCGGACUUUGGAAUCCUAAGACCCCCUUGAGAAAGCCUGUGUCAAAACUAAGAGAGGAAAUCGAGGAUUUCAAACUCCUGAAGCAUAUCAAACUCCUGGUCACUGAUAGAUCUACUCUCCAACUCAGCCCGAUCUGUUUUGGAGUCUUCCCAAAGGCAAUGAUGGGACAUUUGCCCCGGGAAGCUCACGCCAUUUCUUGUCCGCAAAAAGUCGCCAAAACGGACCUCAAAUCCACUAUCUUUUGGGCCUCAAAUCCGCAAUCUGGGACAAGGACAGCCGUUUCCUUACAGAUGAAGCCCAGUGCUUCCCUCUCUUUGUUACCAGUCGCCUUCAGUGAGAUGGAUGGGACUGCAAAAUCUGCUCAGUUGUACCCUCAAAUCCGCUAUUUGUGGACAAACCUGCCAUCGAAAUCGCCUCAAAUCCGCUAUUCUGGGACAAAGAUAUGCCAAAUUUUGGGCCCUCAAAUCCGCUAUUUUUGGACAAGAAAUGGCCUGAGCUUCCCGGGGCCUAUUGGGACACAAUACCAUGGGUUGUUCAUCUACUUUAUCGCACGCCGUUGA